GGCAUAAAACCUCUGCAGCAGCGCUGGAUUAGGGUUUUGUCGUUCCAACACCAUACAGCCAAGUAGUCUUCGUUCUCGUCUAUUUUCAAAUUGUAGAUCUCGCUCGGACACUAGGAAGCACUUGAAGGCCAGAGCAAAGUUUGGAUUUAAAAGACAUUAAUAAUUCACAAUGAGUCGGCCAAUGGAAGAAGAUGUUGUCAAGACUGAGGAUGAGGAAUUUAAUACAGGACCACUUUCUGUUCUGAUGAUGAGUGUCAAAAACAACACCCAAGUGCUCAUUAAUUGUCGAAACAACAAAAAGCUUCUUGGUCGAGUGAGAGCUUUUGAUAGGCACUGCAACAUGGUUCUCGAAAAUGUUAAAGAAAUGUGGACCGAGGUACCAAAGACUGGGAAAGGCAAGAAAAAGGCACAGCCAGUAAACAAAGACAGAUUCAUCAGUAAAAUGUUUUUGCGCGGAGAUUCUGUUAUCAUAGUGCUUAGAAAUCCCAAGUGAGAUAACAUGGUAUGAUAUAUCCUACUGAUUGUUUUUUGUAGUAGAUUUUGUUAAUGGCACAAACAGUCCUAGUAAAACCUGUAAGCAGCUGAACUUCCCGGCCUGCCCUUGGUUACUCCUAAUUGCAUUAAAUGACUUGAGACCAUAGAUAUUGUUCCAGAAGUGUCUUAAAAGGGCUGUUUGCCAUUCUUGUAGUUAGUUUAUAUGGCAUCUUCUUGAUUUGUCUUGACCAUGUUGAUGUGAUGCCACCAUAAACAAUAUUCACUUCGAGAUUGAGAUUCAAAUCUUUGUUCAUGUUAAGAUAGUUUUAUACCAUAAAUUUUACCAUUGGUUAUUA